UCACGUGUCUCUGAAAGUAAACAUAUUUUGCUCUUCUGCGUUAUUGUAGGACCAGACAAGUUAGAACAGUUAACAGACAAUAGUAUUUAGAAGUGUGUGAGUAUUUUGAGUCACUGUCAAGGGUGUUUAGAUUGUAGCUAUUUAUUUUUAGUGAAGUUAUAACUCAGCUCUCUAGCUCAAUUUUUACACAGCCAACGCAACGCGGAAAUAACAUACAGCCAGGUAGAUUAUAAGAGACAUUUUCAUAGGUUUUACCUGCUGGGAUCAAAAUGGGUUGCACACUAAGUGCCGAAGAUAAAGCUGCCAUGGAGAGGAGUAAAAAUAUUGAUCGGAAUCUGAGAGAAGCUGGCGAAAAGGCAUCAAGUGAAGUCAAACUGUUGCUUCUAGGUGCUGGAGAGUCUGGGAAAAGCACAAUUGUAAAGCAGAUGAAAAUUAUCCAUGAGGACGGGUACACACAGGAGGAGUGCAGCCAGUACAGAGUGGUGGUUUACAGCAACACCAUCCAGUCCAUCAUCGCCAUCAUCAGAGCUAUGGGCAGGCUGGGCAUAGACUUUGGGGACACAGCACGAUCAGAUGAUGCCCGCCAGCUUUUUGCCUUGGCCAGCUCUGCAGAGGAAGGGGUCAUGACCCCUGAACUGGCUGGGGUCAUCAAGAGGUUAUGGCAGGACGGAGGGGUCCAGAUCUGCUUUGGCAGGUCUAGAGAAUACCAGCUUAACGACUCCGCCUCAUAUUACCUGAAUGACCUGGACAGGAUAUCCCAGCAGAACUACGUGCCCACGCAGCAGGAUGUCCUGCGCACCAGAGUCAAGACCACCGGCAUUGUGGAGACACACUUCACAUUCAAGGACCUCUACUUCAAGAUGUUUGAUGUGGGGGGUCAGAGGUCCGAGAGGAAGAAGUGGAUCCACUGCUUCGAGGGAGUCACAGCCAUCAUCUUCUGUGUUGCGCUCAGUGACUAUGACCUGGUGUUGGCUGAGGAUGAGGAGAUGAACCGUAUGCAUGAGAGCAUGAAGCUGUUUGACUCCAUCUGCAACAACAAGUGGUUCACGGGCACCUCAGUCAUCCUCUUUCUCAACAAGAAGGAUCUGUUUGAGGACAAGAUCCAGAAGAGCCCCCUCACUAUCUGCUACCCAGAGUACUCCGGUUCAAACGUAUUCAAAGAGGCGUCAACCUACAUUCAGUGUCAGUUUGAGGACUUGAACAAGCGUAAGGAUACAAAGGAGAUCUACACCCAUUUCACUUGUGCUACUGACACUAAGAACGUGCAGUUUGUCUUUGACUCUGUCACUGACGUCAUCAUUAAAGCCAACCUGAAGGAGGUCGGCUUGUACUGAGACUCCUGCACCAUCAUCUGUCUUGUCAUCAUCGGGGCUGGAGUGUUUAGGAAUCACACAUUUACAGGUGUAAAUCAAUCAUUGCCUUAUUGACAGUUAGACCAUAUACAGGAUGGGUUUUUAGACCAUAAACUGUUACCAUAAUGUAUGAAUCCUUGGAUAUUUCAAAACAAGAUUACAUGGAGCACUUAUGUGGUUUUGGUUUUCUAUCUUUUUGCUGUUAUGGAUGCCUUAGCUAUGGACUGAUUUCAAAUGUAUUAAUUACAUUGUAAAUGUUGAAUAAGGGAUCACAACUAUUAUGCAUUUUCUGAGUUUUGACAACUUAUCUUUAUAACUGUAUACACUGAGGGUACAAAACAUUAGGAGCACCUUCCUAAUAUUGAGGUGCACCCCCUUUUGAGUGUCAUCCCAAGCGGGGUAUUGGGUUAAGUUUUCAACCAGCAAUAAUCACACCUCAGAUGGACUUCAUAGGGGAUGUCCUUUAAGUGAUGGACCAUUCUUGAUACACACAGGAAACUGUUGAGUGUGAAAAACCCAGCAGUGUUGCAGUUCUUGGCACACUACUACCAUACCCUGUUCAAAGGCACUUAAAUAUUUUGUCUUGCCCAUUCACCCUCUGAAUGGCACACAUACACAAUCCAUUUCUCAAUUGUCUCAAGGCUUAAAAAUCCUUCUCUAACCUGUCUCCUCACCUUCAUCUACACUGAUUUGAAGUGGAUUAAACAAGUGAUCAAUAAGCGAUCAUAGCAUUCACCUGGUCAGUCUGUCAUGGAAAGAGUGGAUGUUCCUAGUGUUUUGUACACUUAGUGUAAAUGGUCAUUGCUCAACCUAAAUUGUUGUUGUGGAAUUGUGUCCACAAGUGUUAAUCAGUAUUCUCGUGGGGAUUUUAAUGUGCUGAAUUCUGAUUGUUUUAAUAUAUCACCAUUCAGAUUGUUACAUAACACUGAAGUAUUAUACUAGCUCUUAGCGGACAGUAAGACAUCACUUGAUGUUUUAAAACCACUUUGAAAGAAAAAGCGUUUUUUAAUGGUUGCCUUAACUUGUAUUAUGUUAUUUUGGAUAGAACUAUUUUGUAUAAAGAUAAUUAUGGCCUUUAGCUGAAGACAAUGACCUUAAUAUAAGCUAAAAGUAUUUGCCUGGAAGCCAUUUUAAAUGUUCCUCCUUUUGAAAACAUGCUUUUUUUUAUUUUACCAGGUGAGUUGACUGAAAAUAUCUUCUUAUUUAUAGCAAAGGCCUGGGGAAAGUUACAGAAGUCCAGAGGACAUAUGAAUAUUUAAAAAAAAAUCCCUCAUUAUGUCGAUCGCAAAAGUUGUUUUGUUGAGAUCACGAGAAACUAUAUAAAUAGGAGUAGACGUAUUGAAUAACAGUAUGACUGGGGUGGCAGAGCCCACAGUGGAUCAGCGCAUACGUUUUUAUUGAUUGCUACGCUAAGGGAUGGUACAUUUAAUACUAACCUCAUGCUUUCAUUUGUGUUUUGAGCUCAUUAUCCGUUUAUAAGUUAGCUUGAUAACAUUCUAUGUUACCUUGAGCUAAAAGCUCAUGUGGCAGCUAAGCCCUCAUGGUGCGUUUAAGCCCUGAACGAUGCCUGACGGGCACCUCUGUCUCCCAGGUUGUAUGCCACAUCAAAGACCACAGCCAAUCGCAUGCAAGCAACAACGCAGCGAAUUUGGCUAGUCUUGUGAGCGAGUUAGCUAGGUAGUCUUGUUAUCUAUGCUGGUUGUUAGCUUGCAUAACUGAUGUGUAUUGUAAGGGCCACUUUGUUUUAUGGGUAAUAUUUACAUUUACAGAGUGGGUGAGCUCUAAUCCUGACAGGCUGAUCAGAUUAAAAAGUAGCCUCAGUCUGAAACAUCAGGAUGCUGCCUUGUAGGUUGUUUCAUAGGUAAAACUCCUUCUGUUUCAUAGGUGAAGCUCCUUGCCGGCAGAUUAGCAAUUGGUGCAUUAUGCAUAUGAUCAAGAGUGGGUGCACUCUAUUCCUGGCCAGCCGAUAAAAUUCAGUAGUAGUGUCUGAGGCUGAUCAGUCAGGAUGCUGCCUUGUAGGCUGUCUGCAAGGAACCAUACAUAUGAAACCGCCUACAAGGCAGCAUCCUGAUUUAUCAGCCUCUAAGGCUGAAAUUGAAUAUGAUCAGCCUGUCAUGAAUAGACAUCACUCACUGUAAAUGUUAUAUUAAUUUACCUUUUUAUAAUUAUACACAUCAGUUAUGCGAUAUAACAAGUUAGCUAGCUAGCUAAUAGGACUACCUAGCUACCUAGCUAACUAGCGAGCUCACAAGACUAGCCUAGUUAGUUGCGUUGUUCCUUGCAUGAGAUUGGCUGUGGUCUUCGGGGCAGCGCGCAGCCUGGGAGCUUAAAUGCCCCGCAUUACCUUCAACCCAGACACAGGGCUCCUUGAUUAGGGGGCUAUCGUGCAUCUGCACAUAUGAAUGGAUGAUGUGUGCUACUUUUGGUGAUCUCGACAAAACAACUUUUGUUAUGUAGAAAUCAUGAGAUAAAUACAUAAGUCAUGAUCUCGGCAUAAGGAUGGAAUUGUAUUUUUAUUCAUAUGUCCUCUGGGCUUCUGUAGAAAGUUACAAAAAACAUUAAUAAAAAUACAUAGUUAACCUACAAAAUAUAUAAGCAAGCAAAAAACAAUUGCUAAAUGGACGUUUGAACAGUUGUCUAAAUUGAACACACUGAAUGUUCCUUCUUGCAUUAAAAUGGAAUGUGGCCCAAA